AUGACCAACUCCACUGCAACAAAUGGCCCCGAGCCUAGAACAACGAGCAGCACAAACGGCACGCCCGCCUACACGGUGGAUGAGAAGCCUUUGGGGACUGCCCGCUCGAUCAGAGUCAUCGCAAUCGGUGCCGGCGCAUCAGGCUUGAACUUUGCACGCCAAAUCGAACUGCAUAUGCCCAACAUAGACUUGACCAUCUAUGAGAAGAACACAGAUGUUGGGGGCACUUGGUUCGAGAAUAGAUAUCCAGGCUGUGCUUGUGAUAUUCCGGCUCACAACUAUCAGUUCACCUGGGAGCCGAAUGCGAACUGGUCAACUUUCUACGCCCGCGCCCCUGAGAUCCUGGAGUACUUCCGCACUGUAGCCCGGAAGUAUGAUCUCUACCGACAUAUCAAGCUGAACCACCGUGUCGUGAAUGCGGAAUGGGAUGAAACUAAGGGUACGUGGCAGCUUCAAAUCGAAGACUCCGCAACUGGAGCCACCUUUGAGGACUCUUGCCACUUCAUGAUUUCGGCAUCUGGUAUCCUGAAUAACUGGAAAUGGCCCGAUAUCCAGGGUCUGCAUUCUUUCAAGGGCCAGCUCCUCCACAGCGCAGCCUGGGACAAAGAUGUUGACUGGCGUGGCAAAAAGGUUGCUGUGCUUGGGUGUGGCUCAUCCGGCGUGCAGAUUGUGCCGACAAUUCAGCCAGAGGUCGAACAUCUCACAACAUUCAUCCGGACUCCAACUUGGAUUACUGCUGGGUUUGCCCAAAGCAAGGCCGGACCCGGCGGUGCAAACUUUGAAUUCGGCCAGGAGCAAAAGAAGCAAUUUCAAAAAGAUCCGGAAGCAUAUUUGCAAUAUCGAAAGGAUAUUGAACACGAACUGAACACUAGAUUCAAAUUUAUUCUUAAAAAUAGCCCAGAGCAGGCUGAAGCUGUUAGAUUCUCUAUUAACGAGAUGACGCGGAAGCUCGGUGAAGACUCACCUCUACUGAAGUAUAUGAUUCCCUCAUUUGCCGUUGGGUGUCGCAGACCGACCCCGGGAAACGGAUAUCUCGAAUCCCUAACCAAGGACAACGUCCGAGUGGUGACUUCGGGUAUAGCUGAGAUUGUACCAGACGGUAUAAAGCUAACUACUGGGGAGGUCAUCUCCAUUGAUAUAUUUAUCUGUGCAACCGGAUUUGAUAUCUCUUUCCGGCCACGCUAUCCUGUAGUGGGCCUCAAUGGCAUCACGUUGGCAGAGCAGUGGAAAGUAAAGCCCAAUGCGUACUUAUCUCUGGCGGUCCCCAAUUUCCCUAAUCACUUCAUGUUCCUAGGUCCUGCAGCCCCGAUUGGGCACGGAUCAGUGCUCCCCAUCACUGAACAUGCAGCAAAAUACAUCCUUCACAUGAUCCGCAAAUGCCAGACGCAGGAUGUCAAAUCUGUUAGUGUUUCCCAGGAAGCGGUUGACGAUUUCAAUGAGCACAUUCAAGAAUUCAUGAAACGUACUGCUUGGAGUACACACUGUCGAUCGUGGUUCAAGAACGGCACUGUAGAUGGACCUAUUGUUGCAUUGCACCCAGGAAGUCGAAUUCACUGGUUCCAUAUGCUCAAUGAGCCUCGCUACGAGGACUAUAUCUGGCGGAGGCAGCGCGCGAAUCGGUUUUCAUACUUGGGCAAUGGAUUCUCCACCAAAGAAGGGAAGGGCAAAGAUACUGCCUACUACUUCGAUCACCCAGAAUCUGGUUUUGAAUUCAUCGGUGAUCUAUGA